AUCAUUAUACAUUCUUCUUCAUGUCUACCCAUCGAAGCAUCUUUGUCACAGUUGGAACGACACGUUUUGACAAGCUUGUCAAUGCGAUCUCUUCGCCAGAUUUACUACAGUUGAUGCAUGACCUGGGUUUCACUCAUCUUUCAUUGCAACACGGCAACAGCAUUGUCCCAACUCUAUUUUUGCCUACUAUUGACAACUCUGAAGCAACAACAACUGCAACAGUAACGACAAUAGUUAAAGUAGAGAGCAUGCAAAUAGAGGUGUACAAAUAUAAGGCCUCUCUUCAUGACGACAUGAUCAAUGCAGAUCUGAUUAUCAGCCAUGCAGGUGCUGGCUCGAUCUUGGAGGCCCUUCGGCUUCAAAAGAAAUUGAUUGUGGUGGUCAAUGAAGAUCUGAUGGACAAUCAUCAGCAGGAACUUGGCUCUGCUCUACAUGAACAAGGAUAUCUUGUCUACUGUAAUGUCUUUAGAGAUCUGGGAAAGGCCCUGAGAGAUAAAGGAUAUGAAUCAUUGGUACCGUUCCCAGCACCAAAUGCAAAGCUCUUUGCGGACUUUUUAGACGAGCACUUGGGGUUCAACUAA